AUGACACAACCAGAGACAUCAAUAGUACCAAACCCCAAUGAAAAGACUAUUGUGAUUGCAAACAAUAUACCAUUGACGAUUACAGCAUAUGUUUCAACCGACGAAUAUGUCUUGAAUAUCGAUACGAUCACCGGUCUCAUCACAAACAACACCAAUGCCAAAAACAAACAGUCUUCUAUCAUUCAACCGGUACAGACAUCGACGCUACACAUCAAUUCAAAAUUUGCCUACAUACAAGUGUUUGCACAUGACAAUCAUUCCGGUGGUAUGAUUCAUUUAUUCGAUCGUCAACUAGAGUUUGGUCAUACACUCAAGAUCCUCAACAAACAUUUGGCAGCCAAAAGAGAUGUACCACAUUACAUCUACGAUGGUCUAUUUCAAAAAAUAAGAAUGGUCGAUCCGUCACAGACCAAUGUUCACAAUGUCUUUUACCCUCCUCAACCCAUUACACCAAAAUAUUAUCAAGAUCAAAGUGUGGAUGCAUAUCAACUACCACCACAAUAA